CGUAAAAAAAAAAAAUGCCCAGCUCCAAUCUCGAUCCCUAGCUACCAACUAUGAAGCUGCUCGGCGUCUUCUCGGUUCUCUUGCUCGCGUCGCCGUCCAUGGUGGUGGGGGCAGCGGAGCCGGCCUCCUCCCUCCCCAUCACCCGGCGCUACGACUCCAUCUUCAGCUUCGGCGACUCCUACGCCGACACCGGCAACGACGUCGUCGUCUUCGCCAAGCUCUCGCUCGACAACCCUUCGGCCCGGCCCCCCUACGGCAUGACGUUCUUCGGCCGCCCCACGGGCCGCAGCUCCGACGGGCGCCUCAUCAUCGACUUCAUCGCGGAGAAGCUGGACCUCCCGCUCGUGCCGCCGGCCCUGGCGCGCCGCCGCAGCUUCCGGCGAGGCGCCAACUUCGCCGUGGCGGGCGCCUUCGCCCGCGACGCCGGCCUCUACAGGGACAUCCCCGUCGUCGGGCACUUGGCUCUCAACACCAGCUCCGGCGUGCAGCUGCGGUGGUUCGAGUCGCUCAAGCCGUCGCUGUGCCGCCCUGCGGAGUGCAGGGCCUUCUUCCGCAGGUCGCUCUUCUUCAUGGGAGAGUUCGGGGUCAACGAUUACAGCUUCUCCGUGUUCGGGAAGACCCUGCCGCAGAUCAGAUCCUUGGUCCCGGACGUCGUCAACACCAUCUCCGCCGCCACCGAGCGGCUGAUCGAGCAGGGGGCGAGCACCGUGGUCGUCCCCGGGGUCCCGCCGUUGGGGUGCUCGCCGCCGAACCUCGCCUUCUUCCCGAGCGCCGACCCGGCGGCCUACGACUCCCGGACGGGCUGCCUGGUAGAGUUCAACGACCUGGCCGUCUACCACAACUCGCUGCUGAAGGGGGCGCUCGAGCGUGUCCGGACAGCGCGCCCAGAUGCCAGAGUCAUCUACGCCGAUUUCUUCAGCCCAGUCAUGGAGAUGGUCGAGUCUCCCGACAAGUUUGGGUUCACAAGGGAUGUGCUGAGAUGCUGCUGCGGCGGCGGUGGGAAGUACAACGUGAACGUCAGCGCCGGGUGUGGCAAGCCAGGGGCGACGGUGUGCCGGGAUCCGUCAACCUAUUUGUUUUGGGAUGGCCACCUCACGGAGGCAGCCUACCGCUACAUUGCCGAUGGCUGGCUUAGCAGCAUAAACGACUGCGGACUCUAGCAAUCAAAUUGUUGAGAGCCUAGUACUGGCCGGUUUCAACAGUUGGAUGGCCUCUGUUAUUGGUUUUGUAGUUUAAGGUUGAAAAUCAGAUUUUUAUAAUAGUUGAAGGGUGUAAACCGAACUUCUCUCUUGUGGAAAAAAUAGUUCCAUUAUUGGAGUCUUGUGUCAUGUCUAAUUGCCUACGUCUAUGUGAACAUGUGUGUUUGACAUGUCAUGCCUACUUGGAAGCCAUGUAUAUAACGGGGCAGUCUAAUUUACGGUCGAC